AUGGCGGACAACGCCAGUUCAAAUCCCCUCAGCCCGGUCGCAUGUCGCUUCAUUCCUUUUGACCAAUGGCUGGUCACUCACGUCGACCAGGGAUGGACAAUCAAGGAUGUGAAAGGCUGGUUGCUCGGGAAAUGCAUUCCCUCGCUUGCUGGGUCCACUUCGCGCCCAUCGACACCCAUGAUGUCCUCAAGACAUCCCCGGCCACGACCCUCAUCGCCCAUCGUCUUUGCGCCCGACCCGAACCACCGACCCAUGUCCCCCAUCACAUUUGCGCAGCCGCUGGAUCCCCACCCCAAGGGUGAGCUCAGCGACGAUGAAGACGAUCCGAAGGCGGCGGAGGGGACCGAGGGCAUGGACAGGGAAUGGUUGAGCGAAGGGGAUAUCCCCUCAGGCGGGAGGAUUGGCGGGAAGACGCUGCCUGCACCGCAGACCGGGUCGCUACGCUCUGACGGGGCCCGUUCCUCGCCCCACCCGGCGUUUCACAGACCAUCUCCAUCUUAUUCCUCAGCGCACGCCGAUCCGCGCGAUUCCAGCAAUUCAGCCUCACAAUACACGUUAAUUCGGUUCUCUACAGGACAGAUCCUCGAAGACGAUUUUACUAUCUCGAUGUACGACAUACGGCCGUAUGAACUACUAGAGAUCCACCGCGCAAACGUGAUCGUCAACCUCCCCCGCCAUAUCCUCAGAGACUACAUACGCCCGUACUGGGAGGGCCCCAUCAAAGUGCUGCGCGUCGUGUGGAGAGACGAUCCUGGGCCAACGAAGCAUGAAGACCGGCAUUACCGAGACGAUCUGCCGAGGGUGCGGGGGCAGCGCGAGCGGAAAACGAAGACGGCGCUGGAGUGGCGUGACCGCUGGAUUGUGAUCAAGGCGGGAGUGCUGCUGGUAUUCAAGGAUCCGAAGGCCAUCGAACCCGCUCAGGAGCUCGAGCUUGUGAGCCUCAUGUCGAUCAACAACGCCGACCAUCUGAAGAAUCUCGUUCCGACCUCACAUGAAAACCGGGUGAUUUGCGUCAAAUUCCGCAUGCCUCCCAAGGUGCCGCCUCCCGCGGAGCCAUCCAAACGCCCAGAGUCCGCGACAACGCCUACGACGUCCACCACCGUAACCACAAUCACUGCAGGUUCGCAAUCGAAGGCCACUGGACGCAAGAAGCUUCACCUGCGGAGCAGCUUCCCUUCGUCGUCGAAUCUGAAAGGGAGCAGCAAGCCGUCGUCCUCGAAAGGCCUCACGGAAAGCUCGUCUAAAAGUAACCUCAACAACAUGUUUACGAUGUCUUCCUGGAAGCUGGACAAGAAGAAGCAAAAGAAGGACGUGAAAGGGAAAGGGCGGGCUGACCCCGAGCCAGAGGAUGGAGACAAAGACAAAAGCAAAGCCGGUCCGUCUUCUGGCUCUGCCGAAAGCACCGUCGUUAGCCACAAUCUACAUAAUCCCCCACCCUCGCGCGGCGACGCAAGGCAGGAAGACGGCGAUCACGAAACAGUGUUAUCGUCCCCAGUGUUCGCUCGGACGAGCGGCAGCGAAGAAGAGAGUGACGAGUCGGAGUACGGGCGGCGGGGGCCAUGGAGAAGCAAAGGCGGGUACGGGUACAAGGUGGGGUAUAGAUACGUGUCGGAGGGGCACGGCCGGGGAAAUGAUGGAGAGGCGGCGGGAAACGCAUCCGGGGAUGGGACGGGGCCUGGGACUGGCGCUGAAAGCGGGACUGGCGAAGAGGACAAAGAGGCAUGGAACGAGACUACUACUACGGAAUCCCUAACGGACGCACGGAGCGCGGAUCUGCGUUCGAUUGAAACGAGAACGACGGACCUCCGGACGAUGGACUCGAGCAUCUCGUUCAAACCCAGCCCUAGUGUUGUCUCGUCAGCGAGAUCCCAGUCUGCCACCGUACCGACGUCGAGUCGGCGAGUGGGAACGGGAGGAGGGCGCGGCGAAUGGAUCGUGAUGGACGCUGUGAAUGAUGAUGCGUUCAACAGUCUUCUCCGCAUCUUCCACCGACUCGCGCCCGAUCCUAUCGAGUCUACGUUCGUGCCUGGGCUGUCCUCGUUGACGUCGGCUUCUAGUUCACCUCUCCCAAGUCCAACGGUAGCAAGUCGCGUCUACGCUCACCAUCCAGACUCGCCUGCUUCGUCCCAAAUCUCCCUGAUCGGCUCCACGACCUUCUCCCACACAGCCGCAUCCUCGCGUGGCAAGAGCUUCCGGCGCGACUCGCAGUACUCUAUCGCCACUAACACCUUCGGCGCGCUGCCGUACCCAGAGUGGCGCGUCGACAUCGCCGUUAAGGCACAGAAGGCUGGGAUGGGGGACGUCGGGCGCGCGAUGGGGUGGAUGCUCUGGGGGCGCACACUGACGGAUGAAAACGACUCGAUGAAGGCAGAGAUGCACAGCACGCGGUCCUCGGGAAAGUCAAAGGGCUCGGGGUCGAAGCAGCGGAAGGGCAAGGCGUCGAGCAGGAAGAGCGUCAAGUCCACGCACUCGACGUUGACGCCUACGCCCUCGGUCAGAGAGCCUGCAGAUCCGUACGCGUCCGAUGUGAGCGGUGGUGUCUCAUCAGACGAAAGCGAUUUUGGGCUCCACGAGAGUGAUGAAAGCGAUGGAUACAAUAGCGAAGCUGAGUGGCAAGGAUGGAUGGCGGAUCUUCAUCGACAAGCCCAAGUACGGCGGCUGCACAGGGAGAAUCAGCGCUAUCUAGCAAUGCACAAUAGGAGCGACACGACGUUGAAUCUGCCCUUGGUGUCUGGAGGGUGGCAUCAGUCUCCUUAUCGCAACAGCGUUAAUUCGAACGAGAUACCGCAGACGCAGGCUCAAGCUCUUCGGUUGUAUCAAGAAGGCCGUCGGGCGCUGGAGCCCACUGCCGUCGUUGUGUCCCUCGCGCCACCCCUAGUCCCUGCAACACCUAAUUUGAACCCCAUCACACCUCAAGCGCAACAUCAAUCAAACCCGCAACCGCCACCGCAUCCAUCACUCUCCUCGCCAUCCUCAUCAGAAUCUCUCCCCAACAACUCCCAGCGACACCGUUCUAUGAGCUUCUCCCCGGUCGAUCAGCCCUCCUCUGCGACACCUAUUUCUGCCUACCCACUCGAACCUGAUAAAAUUAGCAUGAUAGGCACUGGUCAGACCACAGCGACACCCUUCGUACUCGGCUCACCCAAUGCUGGCCCAUCUUUCACGCCCACACCCAAGACGACGACGAUCAGCGAGCGGUUCAUUGCUCACAUGACCUCUGUUCCGUUUCGCGUGAAGACCCCACCGCAAAGCGGGUCGAGUUCAUCUCACCCACCCUCUCCUGAUAGUCACAGCAAGUCGCAGCGCAGAGCCAGCACCGCCGGCCUCAUGACGCCCUCCCAGCGUGCCUGUCCUAGCAACGGAGAACCGGGGUCCCCGCCCGAAAGCCCGCCCAAUAAAGGGAGCUUAAGGGGUACUGGUAGCAUGCUCAGUCCACCGACAUCGGGAGGGAAGGGCCAUCGACCCAGGUUGUCCGUCACGACGACUGCGAACGCUAACCUGUCUUCGAAUCCGAACUCGAGUGCCGCGCAACAAUUCGCUGCUGCUGGGAUGAGUGGCGGUAGUGGAGGUGGUAGUAGUGGUAGUCCUCCGGCCCAGCCGUCUUCACCCCCUCCCCAUCCCGUGCAAAGUCCUACGAAAAGCAGGGCGGGGACGUUUCUGCAUCGUAUGAGGUCGGGGUCGAGUAUGCGCUCGGAAGAUAAAAGACAUGAAUCGUGA